GACGCAGGCCGGGGAGCGAGGGCGCGCGGGUUGCUUGCGCGGACGCCGGGACAGAGCCGCUGUCGCUGUCGCCGCCGCCACUACAGGCCGCCCGAGCACCUGGCUUGUGAGUCUGCGCGGGCCCGGUGGCGUCCGCCCCAGCUUCAGAACCACAGACUAUUGGAUGUUGAGCUGGAGGAACUUUGGGAAGCUUCAAGUGUAGCCCCUUUGUGUUACAGCUAAAGAAAUUGGAACUGGCUUAUUUGUCACCAUGAAGCUGCUACAUCCAGCCUUCCCUCGCUGCCUCCUGCUGACCCUGCUCAGCCUAUGGACAGCUGCUCCUGAGACUCGCGCUGUGUCCAUGGGGACGCCAGCCGUCAGUGCGGCCUCAUUCCUGCAGGACCUCAUGCAUCGCUAUGGGGAGGGGGACAGCCUCACCCUGCAGCAGCUGAAGGCCCUGCUCAACCACCUGGAUGUGGGGGUGGGCCGGGACAAUGUCACCUGGCCCCUGCAGGAACAGAGGAACCUGUCCACGUGCUUCAGCUCUGGCGUUCUCUUUGCUGCCCACAACUUCAGCGACCGGUCCCGGAUCGGGAGGAGUGAGUUCCAGGACUUCUGCCCCACCAUCCUCCAGCAGCUGGACUCCCGGGCCUGUGCCUCUGAGAACCAGGAGAACGAGGAGAACGAGCAGACGCAAGCGGCGGGGCCGAGCCCCCUGGAAGUGUGGGGCUUUGGUUUCCUCAGUGUCUCAGUGAUUAACCUGGCCUCUCUCCUUGGAGCCCUCAUCCUGCCGUGCACGGAGAAGGCGUUUUUCAGCCGCGUGCUCACGUACUUCAUCGCCCUGUCCAUUGGAACGCUGCUCUCUAAUGCGCUCUUCCAGCUCAUCCCAGAGGCUUUUGGUUUCAACCCUCUGGAGGAUUUUUACGUCCCCAAAUCCGCAGUGGUGUUCGGGGGUUUCUAUCUAUUCUUUUUCACAGAGAAGGUCUUGAAGAUGCUCCUUAAGCAGAAAAAUGAGCAGCAUCAUGGACAUAGUCAUUAUGCCCCCGAGACGCUUCCUUCCAAGAAGGACCAGGAGGAGGGGGUGACGGAGAAGCUGCAGAACGGGGACCUGGACCACAUGAUUCCUCAGCACUGUGGCGGCGAGCUGGACGGCAAGGCCCCCGUGGUGGAUGAGAAAGUCAUCGUGGGCUCACUCUCUGUCCAGGACCUACAGGCCUCCCAGAGCGCCUGCUACUGGCUGAAAGGCGUCCGCUACUCUGAUAUCGGCACUCUGGCCUGGAUGAUCACCCUAAGCGACGGGCUUCACAAUUUCAUUGAUGGCCUGGCCAUCGGAGCCUCCUUCACCGUGUCCGUUUUCCAAGGCAUCAGCACCUCGGUGGCCAUUCUCUGUGAGGAGUUCCCACACGAGCUGGGAGACUUUGUCAUCCUGCUCAACGCUGGCAUGAGCCUCCAGCAAGCGCUCUUCUUCAACUUCCUUUCCGCCUGCUGCUGUUACGUGGGUCUGGCCUUUGGUAUCCUGGCCGGCAGCCACUUCUCUGCCAACUGGAUCUUUGCACUGGCUGGAGGAAUGUUCCUGUAUAUUUCUCUGGCUGAUAUGUUCCCUGAGAUGAACGAAGUCUGCCAGGAGGACGAGCGGAAUGGCAGCAUGCUGGUCCCCUUCAUCAUCCAGAACCUGGGCCUCUUGACCGGCUUCACCAUCAUGCUGCUUCUCACCAUGUACUCGGGCCAGAUCCAGAUCGGUUAGGGCCCUGCAGGGACCCCAGGAAGCGGGCGUCGGGCCCUCGGCCGUCGGACCCCGGCCCUCAGACUUGGCGUCCUUGGGAGAGGCUGUUCUCUUAAAAACUGUGGCAUAGAAUGGAUUCCUGCACUUCGAUGUCAGCUGUUUUUAAAAUGCUCUGUCCUAGUAACCAGCUGCCCUGGUCACAGUCUCCGGGUAGCACCUCCCUCCCUUUCCUCUCCCUUCUUCUCAGAGCAGCUCUGGGAUCUGAAUGCAGCUUAGAAGACAGACCUAAUUUUUUUUCUCUUGUUACUCUGGCCCCUUUCUCUUCGAACCGGUGCUGGGAGAUUUUGGGUCUUUUGCCCCACAAUGCAAAAAUAUAGGCAGCAGUCAUAACCUGGUUAGAAGAGGCAGAGGCAAAUCUAUAGCUGGGGGCCCAUGCAUCUAACUGUAUCCUGGACCUCAGGAUGACCCAUUUUUAAAUGGAUUCACCUAGUUUUUAUAUGAAAGGUACAGGAGACAGGAGUUCCUCCCAUUUUUUCAGUCUGUUCAGUUGCCUGUUCUCUCAAAGAGAACUGGAAGUUGGAACAGACAAGGAGGGCCGGGGGGAGCGGUGCGUGGAUCAUCCUGAGGGGAAACGGAGCCUGCGUGUGUCCCCAGCCUGGUGGUCACCUGUGACCACUGGGAUGCUGGUGGCGAUUUCGUGGCUGCACCUGGUGUUUCCUGGCCAUCCAGGAGAGCUGGCACCUUGUCGGCUCAGUCACCUGGACUCCGCCCCCUCUCCCCCUUCUUUCAGAACAACACUAACAAGAGUGGAGGUCAGGGAGGGUUUCCGUGCGGCUCCCUCCUUCCCUGCCCCACUCCCUCCUUCUCAGGCUCUUUAGCUGCCUCCCUAGAAGCACAUUCUGAGCGCAUGCACGAUGCUGGUGUGAGGGGGGACGCUUCCCUCCCCUGGCCGACGCGUCUGCUGCAGAGCGAGUGGCAAGUGGCUCUGCAGAUCCGGAGUGCAGCUUGCGCUCUUUAUGACAGCGGUGCCAGGAAAGGAGUCAGUGCAGACGCCAGUUAGGACUUGCUAAUUGCAUGAAUAAAAGUAUGAACAACAGAACUCCGAGGUGUGAGGUCCAGAGCUCGGGUUGGGCAGACGGGUGCGGAACAGAGGGAGGACCUACUGAUUACGCUGCAAGUGGCUUUUCAGUGGUACGAUCCCAGUCACCCUGCCCCCUCGCCCCAGACAAGGAAGGGCAGAUCCCGUAUUGAGUAUCAGUUGCUCUAACUCUCCUCAGAAAGCGGGUGGACAGACUUGUCUGUGAGACUGUAGGCCAGCCUCAGGCGCCGUGGAGCCCGCUCCUCAGCACUUGGGCUUUGGCGGGGGCUAACCUCCAGGUUCACUAGGUGAAUUGAUUUAUUAUUAUCAUAUUGAUAAUGUGAGAUUCUUUAGCCACUUUGGGGAGCCCGUCUCCCCAGAAGCCUUUCUUCAUGGUGCCCACGGCUGCAGCCCAGGGGUUGUGUCCGCAGACUGCGUUGUGUGCGGGACUGACAGCGCGGGCUCUCCGCCAGCGCCUGCGAGCAUUUCUCUCCUCACCCAGGAAAACUUCCCACUACACAGUAAUUAAAAGCAGCCUCUGUUUUGUUUUUUCUUUUUGGAAAACAUCCCUCAAACCAGGAAUAUUCUUGAAAAGAACAUGAGCAGGAAAACUGCUGAUAAUGCUUUGUAAGUUUUUCUCCUUCUCUUGCCUGUUGCCUUGGAUAGAUUUGAGAAUGGGCUGAAGAAGGAAAACGGUUAUCAAAGAGUCUAGAUUAAAUACCAGGACUGUCUCCUGAUAGGGUUAUGGUCCAGUUUUACCAAAGAACCAAUCCCUUGAAUGUUGGAAUCUAACUUUAUAUUAUCAUUAUUGUUGUUACUGAUUCUUUGUCUUUUCUGUUUUAUUUUUCUCAAAUUGCUUUCAGGAGCUAGCAGAAAAUAACACUCAGUCUUUAGGGCUUGAGGAGAUUUUGCUUUCCUUAAUUCACAUCGCUGUAUUAAAUUCAUAAUUUUAGCAUUCCCUAUAGAUCAUUCCUUACAAGUACAGUUACUCUUGGAGUAAAAUACUAAGUUAGGGUUAGUCAGUUUCUAGUCUUAGAAGAGCUCAAAAAUAUAAUCUUUAACAAAUUAAAAAAUAAAAUAUGAAGUGGUAGGGCGCUUCCCCUUUCUGUGCACAUCUGUGUGAAGAGCGUUCCUUUCACGGACAGCUGCCGCAAAGGGAAGUUCUCUCUCCACUGUAACUAGUCCAGAGGCCAGUCCUGGCCGGAGCUGAGGAGGUGGAGAAACACUCAAUUCAUGCAGCUGAUUGUAUGUUGCCAUUGGCAGCAGCCUUGCCUCAUGAGUUGAAAAUGUGACUGUUCCUUUUGGACAUUUAAGUGUUGAAUUUGCUGGUUUCAAAGCAUUUGUACAUUUCAGAAGUCUGAGGGGUAGAACAUUUUGAGGACUUUUGCACCCCUGCAUUCGCAUCUCCGACCCCUCUGUCCCCGGACGGACCAGCUCCUAUUAACAGUAGCAAGGAAAGUCGGCGUCCUGCGGGGCGUGGGCCAGGAACGGCGGUGCUGCUGCCUCUGGCCCUCGCCCUGCCACGCAGUCGCCUUCUCUCCCUGCUCCCAGAGGCGUUCUGUGUCUAGUGUCGCCUCGGGGCUUUCCUUCAUUGAUCCUUCACCCAGGGUUUGAAAAGAGAAGGCUUCUCUGUUUGGGUACACUAAGACCUGUUUUUCAGUAAGUCCUCAUCCAAAGAGAUGGUGGUACGCUGGCAAUCUGCUCAAAAACAAAAAAUUGAUUUUUUGCGAGAGGUUAGGUUUUUAUUGUUCAUAUUUCCUUUUACAGUUCUGCAGUUCCAUCACAGUAUUUUUUUAAAUAACUCAGGAGUUAGGAGGAUAAACUAGAAAAGAAAAUAACUUAAGUUAUAUGAACUGUAAAUGUUUUAUUUGUAAGAUUCUAUAAAUAAAGCUAUAUUCUCUAA